AUGCCUCCCAAGAAGACCGAGGGCGCUGCCGCCGCUCCCGCUACCAAGUCCAAGCCCACCCACGCCAGCUACCAGGACAUGAUCACCGAUGCCAUUGUUGCUCUCAAGGACCGCAAUGGAUCUUCCCGUCAGUCUCUGAAGAAGUACGUCAAGGCCAACAACCAGAUCAACACCGUCAGCGACAACAUGUUCGACUCGCUAUUCAACAAGGCCCUCCGCGCCGGUGUUGAGAAGGGUGUCUUUGAGCAGCCCAAGGGCCCCUCCGGUGGCACCAAGCUGGCCAAGAAGGCCCCUAAGCCCGCCGAGAAGAAGGAGAAGAAGCCCGCUGAGAAGAAGGCCCCCGCCAAGAAGGAGGCUAAGGAGCCCAAGGAGAAGAAGGCCGCUGCUCCCAAGAAGGCUGCCGCCAAGAAGGAGACCAAGGAGCCUAAGGAGAAGAAGGCUGCCGCUCCCAAGAAGGCCGCUGCCCCCAAGAAGGCUGCCGCUGAGAAGAAGGAGAAGAAGCCCGCCGCCAAGAAGGCCGCUGCUGAGAAGCCCGCCAAGGAGGAGAAGCCUGCUGUUCUCAGCAAGAUCAAGACGGGUCAAGGCCCCUGCCGCCAAGAAGGAGACCAAGGAGCCCAAGGAGAAGAAGGCUGCCGCCCCAAGAAGGCCGCUGCCCCUAAGAAGGCGGCGCCCAAGAAGACGGCCGCCGAGAAGAAGGAGGCCAAGGCUGAGGCUCCCGCCGCCGCCGCAUAA